UCUUCCAUUCCACAUAAUCAAAUGAACAAUCUCUCUGUUCCGGAUUGUUUUCUUCCUGACAAUCCGGUUAAUUCGUCUUCUUACCCUAUAGAAAGCAGUAGAUUUAUUGUAGCCACGUCAAUCAACAUCAGGAAUGACCUCAGUGUUGUUUUUAACUCGAAGCCUUCUGAUUAUUUAUUGGAUAAUAGCCUUUACGUUCUCCAAUGGAUGAACAAUAAAACUAAAGACUUUGAACUCAAGCUCAGUCGAUUUCUUCAGCGAAUAAUUAACUUGGUCGCGUCUGUUCCAAUCGGAGCUUCUGUUACUGAACACACAGUGGAGAGACUUAGAUCGAUUGUGGGAAUUUUUGAUCAGAAACUUUUGAAGUGCCUCACCAAGUGGCAGAAAUCUCAAGACACUCUUCUGAUGCUUCAUCCUUCUGAUGGGAGCCUUUGCAUUUGGGUUGUGAAUGGCCUAGAUAGCUGUACCCUGAAUGGUUCAGUUCUCUCCUCAAGCGCUCACAAAAUUUGCGACGGCAGUGUUCAGUCAGAUGGUGGACACUCUAGUCGAGUGAAGAAGAACGUCCAGCUGGAUUUGACUCAACAUCGACGCGUGUGCCAAGCCACGUGUACUCUGCGUUCCCUCCUUCCUGAUACAGGAUCGACCUAUGUGACCUGUCUAACCAAGCACGAGCCCAUUCUCUUCAGUCGAGUCUAUGAGAGUGGAUUUGAGACGAAUGACCAACUGCACCUGCUCUUGGUGAAGUGCAUUCUUCUACGUUCUAAACUGGCAAUUGCGGUUGAGUCAAAUCUUAAGGCAUAUUUACGCAGUCGACUUAUCAGUGAAAUCAGACUUGUAAGUGAAUAA